GCAGCACGCACCUCACGUGUGUGACCAUCGUUUAGGCCAUCAUACCUCGUCUUCCGAACAGUCAAGCGUCAUCACUCUGCAUCCGUGAGGAGGCUCUGCUUCCAACAAGCUCUCUAACGUUCAGGGAACACUUAUCAAGAUUAUGGAGAAACGCGCCUCUCCGGCGAGCUUGAAGGGUCGCACCAGCCACACCGCUUCCCCCGCGUUCAAACAUGUUGGGUUUCCCGUGGAUGCGAAGCAUCGCCGUCGGUACCAUCAUUUGCACGGCUCUGCGGCUCAUUCCCCGCACCGUCUGUCACCAACCCACAGUCACCGCCCUAGCGGAAAGCACGACACAUCGCCACGUGACUCCUUGUCCUCUCCGGGCAUAUCACCGUCAAAGACAGUACUCGGCGAAGGCUCCUCACAAUUUUCGAGUCCGUCAUCCGCGACCACGAAGCUAUCGCCGCUCAUAUCUACCACCGAGCGCCUCGCGAGCAGUUCUAAGAGAACCAAACACAAAAAGUUGUCUUCCACGCUCAAAAGCAUUGCCUUCCUUGCCAUCGUGGGGGUCAUGCUCUUGGCCCUUCUUCUCAAGGUAGUAUUGAAGUCCCAACCCCUAAUGGCUGAGAACUGCGUCACCACUGCUUGCCGACAGUACGCAACUUACUUACGUGGCACUAUGAAUGAGACCAUUAACCCGUGCGAUAACUUUUAUGGUUAUGUGUGCGGAAAGAUAUCACGCACGUAUUCGAUAGCCGAAGACACAGUCGUAGUCUUCAGGGACGAAAUCAUCGAGAAGGCCAGGUUACACGUACCGCAUUUGUCCAAGCAGACAGCAGUCGACAAGGCAGUCCUUUUCUUUCGGAGCUGCGAAGACGUCUUGAACUACGAGGACGACGGACAGUUACCCCUGGUAAAGCUCGUUCUUCACGACGUUGGAAUAACUUGGCCAUCACCUUCAAGGAAUCCUGAUGUGUUGUUCACCAUGCUUCGUCUUUCUUCGUAUUGGCUGUGGGACACCUUUAUUACAAUACAAUGGACUAUCAGCUCUGGUGUAGUCGCAGCGUUGGAAGUUGGGCCUUCACCCCAUUUACCGGCUCUACUCAGGCAAAGAAACACCGUCCUAAGGGCAAACAAAUAUUAUGACUACUUUGCCACCAUCUACGAAUCAUUCAGUCCAUCCAAUACGACCGCCAAUUCAGCGUUUGAGGAAAUCACAUCCGUCGAACGUGAUGCAGUUCCUCUGUUUGAAGCCAGAAUAUAUUCCGAUCAAGUCAGGGCUGUGACUACGGUCCGUGAGUUCAACUACACCGCUCCACAGAUCUCGAGUGAGCGCUGGUUCAAAGGUCUGAAGACUCACUUCUACGACCUCGUUGCGUCCAACCCUGCAGUGUACGUCAACCACGUUCGUUUUAUUCAACUGAUACCGAUACUGAUCGAAAGAAUGGGGGAACAAAACUUUCAUCUGUACCUCAGUUGGACGGUCGUGCAGAGGUUGAUCCUGCUCAGCAACGCGAAGCUCGUAAUGAACUACCACGGUAAUUUGGAAGCUGCUAGGUUGAACCACAGGAUUUUCUGCUAUCACAUGGUUCAAGAAAAAAUGGGUUUUGCACUCCUUUCGACAUACGUAUCCGGCAUAUACACACGGUUUGUUAAAAAUGACAUUAGUAACAUCAUGGAUAACGUGCGUGCAACAUUGGGGGAUCUGUAUUCAAAGAACUUUGAUCAGACUGAUACCUUCAGAGCAACGAAUCUGCGUACAGACUCUGUGCUAACGUAUCUGGACACCUUCCUCGUGCAGAACGUCGAAGCGUACUACGCCAACUAUAGCACAAUGGCUAGCAAAGUUGUCGGUAACUACAAGAUCAGCUGUGAAGGCGUCAGGAGAACCACGUAUACUCAGUACACCAGACUUCAUCACUACAGAACAGCGGAUGACAGUGAAGUUGCAGUGGUUGAUCACAUCAAAGGCGAAAUUAUACUGGCCCCUACCGUACUCGAACUGCCGUACUACGACGAGAUGGUCCCCUUGUGUGUGAAGUACGCUGCGUUUGGGUCGGCAGUUGCAGAGUCGCUGACGAAGCUGCUCCUGAGCACGUAUCCAGAAUGGCACGAAAAUUCGAGAAAAAGGAUUCAUCAGACAGCUCAAUGCUUGACCGGACAGGAGUCAUCUUCUGAGACAGGUGUUCGAAACGAUACGCGAACCAUGCACACUAUCGCUACAAUAGCAGCAAUAGAUAUUCUUUUAUCGGUCAUCAAGAGGAAAACAAACCAUGCGAAAGGGAUAGGCACACUAUCACCGGACAAGACCUUUUUCGUGAUAUGGUGCUAUGUCUUGUGCGGUACCGGCGGCAACUCCAGGGAACUCUGUAACGACCCGUUAAGACACGUUGAUGAGUUUGCCGAAGCGUUUGGAUGCGCGAAGAACAGUUCGAUGAGAAAAGAUCCAACCUGUAAGCUGUUUUCUGCUUGAGUACUUGGCUAUUUGAAGAAUCCCGAAGGCUUGUUUUAUUUCAUGCAGGGAUGAUAAUCCAUUGAUACUGAGAUAAGCGGAUGAGAAGUGUAAUUAAAUAAGUGGAAAGAUAAACGCA